CGCGCUCCUGAGGGCCCAAGUCUGACAUGAUGUAUUUGCCCUCCGCCGUCUCCCGCAAGCUUGAGGCAAACUGGGCCUGCAGGAUGAGCAGGUGCUGGGGCGCUGUCCGGGCGCCGCGCCGGGCGCUCCCGCGCCUUCCUGGGCGAGCCGGGGUCUCCGCGCGCAACUUUCUCGGCCCCUCUCCUCGCCGGGUGGGGGUCGCGGCGGGCGCGUUCAGUGCGCGGGUCGCAGCUCUCUCAUUGUGCGCCAGCGAGGCCGAUCGGGCUGUCCUUUCCUCCCGCACUUAGUCUAGGAGGAAGAAAGCAAACAAGACAGAGGAGUGAAGCCCCCGUACAUACAUGCGCCGGGGGAUGUCAGCGCUGCUCCACCUUCCAAACAGUCACAGAUCAAACAGUGUCACCGCUGGAGCGCCACUUUGUGCCCCGCGCUGCCCCCUGGGGGGGGGACUUGGCCACCAGGUUCACCGCUUCUUCGGAGGCAAAAUCUAAUACAAACACAUUUCGAGCAUGGAUUUUUGGCCGGUCUUGAUCUUCCAACAGAAAAUUUUGAAAAAUAUACAAAAAGCACUCCCUUCCCCCCCAAAAAAGCCAACAACAACAACCCGGAGAGUGUGUGCCAGGGGGGGUGAAGAGCAGACAUUCACUGGGUGGACGAGGUGAGCGUGAACUGUCCCCCCCCAAACUCCUGGGAGAGAGGAGAUGCACUCUCCCUCUCUCCUCUUUUCAGUGAAAUAUAACACACAUUCGGAUCGCAGAGCUUUCAGACAGUCUCAACUGAUAGACAGACACAUCGAGCUGCUUUUCCUGCUUCAGUUUUUACUCCUCCUCCUCUCGCCAACGUCACCCUGACAAUUACAAAUAGGUCUCACACAAACCAUACCUGUCAAUCUUUUUAAUUGCUUUGUUUUCUUUUUUUUUCCGGAGCUAAACAAUAUGACACAGAAAAGAAAUCUUAAUACAGCAUAACAUAAAAGAUCGCGCGUUGGAGGAAGACAUUCAGGGGGUUGUUAUUGUGAUCCAUUGGCUGAUCCUGGGUAAAACCCAUGUGUUCUAAGUCAAGUUAAGCAGACUUGAGUUCCUGCAGUCUUAAACGUGUUAGUUCCUCUCCCCGCUUAUACAUGCACACACACGCGCCCACGUGGACCCAAACCACCCUUGGGUGAAGCCUGUCCUACAUUUAAGAAAAAAAAAACCUGUGUCACUUUUGUGAUCUUAGUUUGAAGGUUAGGCAUGGCUGGGGAAAGGCGCUGUGUGGUUUUUGUAUUUUGUUAGUUCGUGAGUUUCUGCAAACAGAUGUUUGUAAAUUAAAUACACAUCUUAAAUGGAAAUUUAAAGAUGGGCUUGGCUCAUCACAGAAAAGUGUGGAAAUACUUAAUUUUCCCCCUUUACGGAAAGUGAAUAAUUUGGUCAAUGCACACAAUUAGGGAGAAAAUUGACACGCUAGAACGACAGGUCUUUCUGGCUGGGUUAGAAAAUGAGGUCUUCAUGUAUCAUGGCAACUUCUCCAGUUCUAUUAUGCCCUGGGCAGCCCCACCUGGCACUUUAAAAUGUUUUUGUGCUCUGAGAAUUUGGCCCUCUACUUCCAGUGUGUGUUCACUCUCAGUGGAAACCUGUAACAGUCUUGUAGAGCUACUUAAAACAUUCGUGGAAAAACAUGAAAUCUAGGCCAAGACAAAUAAAAUGGCUUAGUUCGUGCAACUUGCACGGGACGAACGGAGGACACAGGACGCAGGAGAGGCGCUCCGAAGACUGGAGGCCCAGACCGGCGCGCCGAGGGCACAGGGCGGCCCCGACCCUGGCCGGCGCUGGUGUGCGCGCCCGGGCACAGGGUCUCCCCGCCCGGCUCAGGCCCCAGCUUGCCCUGCCGCCCCGGCCGCGCUCG